CUCUCCGUAAACAUCAUUCCAAUGUCCAACUCCAUUAGUGCGAUUGCGCAGCACUUGGGCCAUGCGGGACGUAAACAGGUGGCCCAGUCCCUUGCCGAUACCAAUCAGCUCGCCACGUUGUGUGACAUGAUUGACUCCCUCGAAGCUGACAUCGUCGCUGGCGUCUACCCAGCCGUCUACCGUUUCUGUCUCGCGCAGGUCACCUCUAAAAACGAUGUUGCGUCGAUUCUCAGGGCCUGUACCAAAAUUCCCCGAUUAUCACAAGACAUGUUGACCCACAUCGUCGACGGCGUAUUGGUGAAGUACAUCCAGGAGUCUUUUUCGUCUAAGUUCUUGAGUAACUUUGCAACAAUUUCGCAAAAGUACGCCAUCACUGGUGACUUUGAGGGCGGGGAGGUCUCUGAUGAACAUGUCUUGUCGUAUUUGCAUUUCUUGGAAAAGUUGUUCAUGAACAACACUGAUUUGCAAGCCGACAGCAGACUCGAUAAGCUCUUGUGCUUCUAUAUGUGUGUGGCAGAUUCCACGAUUUCCACCACUGCCUCCCAGAUUUUGAGAUGGAGAAUAGCGCAGAUUAUGGUUGCGGGAAACGAGGAAUUCAUCUGGGACGUGGUUUUUGCACUCCGAGACUCGGACCUCAAAUACCAUCAACAUCACUCCUACGUGCUCUGGUUGCGCUACUUAUCACUCUCCGCUGGUGAUUUGAUAAACAACACAUUUUUUCAGAACUUACUCACCCAGGAAUCCUACUGGGCGAGGAUCCAGGCCGGAUUAAUCGCCUCCCACCACGAACACCGCAAGUUUGCCUUGUCGAUCUUACAGUUGUCCGUCAAGGCCAUCAACACUGACAUUGCAAACGACUUGCUCGUGUGGAAAGUGCUGGACGAGCCGGCAUGCGAGCGCAAAUUAACUCAGUGGUCGAGAUACACAACGUUGUAUGAGGUCAUGGCCAUCGACACGUCUUUGCACCAGUCGCAGGCCGCCCAGAGUGAGAUCAUCGAGAUUAUCUCCUCACAAGACUCAGAAAUUAGCAGCUCCUGGGGCGUAGUAUUGCUCAGUACUGCCUUCAAGGCUACCAUGGAGUCUGUCAGGAAGUUCGGGUUGUCCGUGUUGUUGACUAUCCCCAAACAUAACUUAGGGUUCUUGGGCAAAAACCAAUGCGAAACCAAUUUGCGAUUGUUGAGGGAAGUUUUUUUGCCUUACAUGAUGUUGGCUCAUCACUUCAAGGUCACCACCACACAGGACACCCUUGAGUGUGAGUAUGGGGUGCUCUUUGCCGAGUUUAUCGAGAACUUGGUAGUGCACCUCACCGAUGAGCAGGAUAUCAGCCGCAUCUUGGAUAUUCUUUUGGAGGUGUUGGCUGGUGCCAGAGAAGCCUACGACCCGACUAGAGCCUACAUGACCCAAGGCAUUGUACAAAGCUUGCACGCGUUAAACAGACCAAUAUUGACCGCCUCCCACCUUGAGAGGUGCUUGAAGUUGUACGAGGUGUCAGCCGAGUCCCAGGUGAUUGAGUCAAUGUUGCAGAUCACCACAUUGGAAACAUUAUUCUACCAGAAGGACUCGUCGUUGCUUCGGUUCUGGGAGAUUGUCACCAAGUUUGUCCAGUUCAACAAUGCCAAGAGCUUGGCCAACGGGUAUAGCUUGAUCCAUGCGAAUAAGGAAAGAUUGGUAUCAUGUUUAGUGUCAACUUUCACUGCCGAAGAUUUUAAUCGGGCCCUCGCGCACGCCACCACGUUGGAGGUGGAGGGCACCGUGCUCUUUGUUACCUUUGCAACCUACUUAGGCUACCCAUUGGACUAUGCCGCAAUGAAGACCUGGAAUACCUAUGAGUUGGUUGUCUCGGAGUUGAUGGUUAGUUCCUGCGACGAAGCGGUAAUUACGCCAUUCCUCGAGGACUAUGCUAACUAUGUUCUCCAGCCAUUACUUAGAAACGAGUUUUUGGGUUCCGCUGAAAAGACUCUCUCGGUCUAUACCAGAUUGGCCAAUGUUCAGGACCGUUUGAAGGUGUUGAGAUCAUACUUGACUACCGCUGGUUUACAGGCGGUUUGGAACUCGCUCUUGUCUGAUUUAAAGAACAAGUCCAGCCCUGACGAAGCUUCCCUUAGACUUGUCGAUGCCAAAUUGCAGUUCUUCGCCGCAUGCACUCAAUAUUUUGAUCACACCUUGGUUUCCUUCAUCACUAUGGAUGUUUUGGUUGCGUUUAAUGAGUUGCAGGUGCCUGUGUUGUUGAACUGUGGCGGUAUAAACUACAAGAAGGACUUCUACAAAGUCAAAGACUCCUUUUUGAGUGGCUACUAUAGGUUACUCUUGGCUAACAUCACUUCCGAAACUCCACCCAAGCUUAUUCUCGACAUACUUGAACACAAUCUGAACAAAGUCAACGAUUAUCAAAGUAACUUGAUGAUCUGUUCGCUUGUGGAAAAGCUCUCGCGUAGUAAUAUCUACACAGCGACUGAAGCCUCUAGAACGAUCAUUUUGAUGAGUGGGAUGUGGGAUAAUUUAUUGGUUGAGAGAUUGGUCUUAACCCAAAAAGACUUGCACUUGUUGUUCAUCAAGACUGUGUUCUCCGUCAAAAACAUGCACUUUGCCUCUCGUAACCCGGAAAUUGCCACCACCUUAUUGAAUAUUUCACAGACCCUCAUAGAAAAGUCAUAUGCGAGAAGGUCUUUGUUGCCAACGUUGACCAAACAACUCUUGCACUACCUGUUAUCAAACCCAGUUGAGUUUGAUGGGAGUGAGUGGAUUGGUUACGUUAUAGUUGACUCAUACAUUCUUCAGCAACUUUCUCUCAACGUUUUCAAGUUAGAAAUCGUUAUUGGUGACGCCUACGACGUCCUCGUGAAGCCCAAAACUAGGCUUUACGAAUCCAUGUAUGGUGAUGAGGAAAUUGCUACCCGGAUAAACAUCCUUGCUAUGUUGAGUUCGUUAGAGCAAGGCUCACGGAUGUCUUUGCAAAUUUACCACUAUAUUUUCAGUGGUCUGUUUGACAUGAUUGCUCCCGUCAAGCGCACAGACGGAGGAGAGGAAAUCAAGAGAAUCCAGUUGUACUCGAUCUUGUUACUUGUGUUGAGAAACAUUGAAGAUGCUGGACUAGUUAAUGCCACUAAGUUCCUCGACGCGUUGCAGAAGGAACCAUCGCCUUUGGCUCGUAUCUACUUGGAAUGGAUCAUUGCCUCGCAGUUCUUGAAAACCGACGAAGUUUGCGGAUACUCCAAGGAGGCCCAGAAGAUCUUGCACAAUUUAUCCAACGACAGCAUCACUCCGCAGCCAACCCUAAUCAUUUCCUACGAGCGCAUCUUGUUCAUGAUGGGCCAGCAGUUGUCUUUAGACCAAGAAACUGCAUUCAUGUCUGAGUUCUUGCACCGAGUUGUGUUGCCGUUGUGCAGCACUAAUAAGGCGUUGAUUAGACACUUUUCUUUGUCCUUAAUGUGCUCUAUCCAUCCAGAGAUCACCUCCAAGGGGUUGAAGAUUGAUGAUCACCUUCUCACCAUUGUCCACAGCUUGUAUGAUUCCACCAUCCAUUCGGAAGCUUUCGGCCAGUUCAGAAGCGGUGAUGCUUUGUUGUGGAACAUUAAGGACGAUCUCAGUUUAGUAGGGCUCGCGGGCGGCGUGUUGUUGCGUGUUUCUGAUAGAGAUGUCGAUAGUAUUGGUGAGGCUGCUUUUGCGAGAUAUUUAAAAGAAGAGCGUGUGCGCAAAUCUUUAAAGGUCAGUAUUGGGAAAGACCUCUCUGCCCACUGGGUGAAGGUUGCCAAAAACGCUCUUGACCCAGCCGCUACGACAAAGGAUGGUAGCAGGACCGAGCAGUCACCAAUGCAGACCAAGAGUGGUGCGUGGAACACUAUCAUGAAUGUAGACGGUGUCGCGGAUGGGCAGCGUGUUUCCAGCAGCAUCAAGAGAAGUGACUUGAUUGUUGUAGCCUCUUUGGUGGAUAAGCCUCCUAACUUGGGUGGUAUCUGCCGUUUGUCCGACGUUUUGGGUGCUGGUUUAUUGACCUUGGACGACUACAAGGUUACCAAGCAUCCGCAGUUCAAGAACGUCGCCGUGACUGCGGACCAAUGGAUGCCAAUGACCGAAGUCAAGGCCAAAGACAUCAUUUCCUUCAUGAAGACGAAAAAGAAGGAAGGCUACACCUUGAUCGGAUUGGAGCAGACUGACAAGUCUGUGCAGUUGAACAGCGACUUGAAGUUCCCGCAGAAAUCAUUGAUCUUGUUGGGGAGAGAAAGGGAGGGGAUUCCAGGGGAUUGCUUGGCUGAGUUGGACUUCUGUGUGGAGAUCAAGCAGGUUGGGGUCAUCAGGUCCAUGAACAUCCAGACCGCCACCGCCGUCAUUGUGCAUGCGUAUACCUCGCAACAUUGUUAAAGCUGGACUUGUUAGAUUAUGAGCUGUAUAAUGAGGAGUUCGCCAUGUAAUAACUAAAAGCAUGAUUAGCUCACCUGGGUAUAGUUACCACGAAAAGUUAUAUAGGCCAAUCAAAAGGUUGCAUUGGAACGUAGAGUCAUAGCUAAGUAUUGGACUAUAUUUCUACGGUAGUUACAGAUCCGUUUUAAUUCUAGAUCCUCAUAAUUGGUUAUAGCUCUGUUUAUUUUCUCCUUUCACG